GCGCAACGACGGCCCGGAACGGCGUUCGCACGUGCCGACGCCUCUGCCACGUAAAUUGGGGAAACGAGCAGCACGCGGGCAGCCGUCGCUCGGGCUGCACGCACCGUCGACGACCGCGUGGGGCAGCCUCUUACUGCCACAACAACACCACACCUAGCGGCCCCUCGUCGCACGCAGCUGCCACCCGACACCCAAGCAUCCCCUCGUCGCACGCGGCUGCCGCCCGACACCCAAGCAUCAUGUCCAAGGUCGCCCCGGCGGGCGACAUGCUGGACGAGGCCGAGCGCCUCACCGCGGCUCCGUCGGUCCACUACGACUACGCCAUCGUCGUGCCCAAGGUCUCGCCCGCGUACCUGAAGGAGCUCAAGGAGCGCGUGGAACAUGCCGGUUUUGUGACGGAGGAGUUCGAUGCCCUCAGCGGCCAAUACGAGGUCUCGGUCCUCAAGCUCGGCGCCCCGCAGCAGCGCCUCAUGGAGUUCGCGUUCGCCCAGGGCGUGCCCGGGCGCCUCGACCCGGCCAAGCUCCAGGCCGCCGCGGCGGCAUUAGAUCCGCCCCUCGCGUUCAACGAGAGACCCGCCGACGAGCACGGCUGGUCCCUCGGGUCACUAACGGAGAAGCUGGCCCUCUUCCCCCUCUUCGAUUAUAUCUACGCGGUCGUGCGGCCGGCGAAGAUCGACAUGUUCACGGCCUUCGUCGAUACGACGCGGCACAAGGUUAUUCUGCGGAUGCUCUGCGCUUCUUCCAAAUUGCCGGGCGCGGCGCGCGGCGCCGGGUUGGACGCGAGAGCCAUGGACCGCGUGGAACCGGCGCCGCUCCUCCCGUACAAGGCCGACAAGAGCGGCGACGGGCCGCGCAUCUCGACGUUAAUAUUGCUUCACGACCAUGAUAAGAGGGACGCGCUGCACAAGGAGUGGCUCGGCAAUUAUAAAAUUAUCCUGAAGCCGUGGGAGCAGCCGAUCAAUCAUAUUAGAGUGUAUUUGGGCGAGCAGAUGGGCUUUUAUUUCCUCUUCGUGUCGACGUGGGCGACGUCCUACCUCAUCAACGGCAUCAUCGGCCUGGUGCUGUACGCGUUGAUGAAGCUCGUGCCGCCGUUCAACGGGCACGGGGCCAUCCACCAGGUGCCCAACGCGCUGCACGCCGGCUUGGUGAUCAUCAUGUGCUCCAUCACGCUCCAGAAGUUCAAACGGCAGCAGGAGGUCUGCAACAAGCGCUGGGGCGCGAACCAGUGGGCCGACGCGAAGCCGCGCGUGCGGCCGGCCUUCGAGGGGCUGCCCAUGACGUCGGUCGUGCACGGCAAGGUCGAAUUGGACUUCCCGGACUGGUGGCGGCGCGGGCGCCAGACGGUCGCCUGGUCGAUCAUCGUCGUUUUAUUAUGGGCGGACCUUGGCGUCGUCGCGUACGUCAACGUACUGAAGCACCAGAAGGACGAACAGAUAAAGGGCCUGGCGAACAACCACUUGUCUAUAUUAAUUGCGAUGUGCCAGGUCCAGGGCGUCAACGCCCUCGGCUCGAUUCUAGCCCGCAUACUUACGAAAUACGAGAACUGGAAGACCGACGAAGAAUACGCGCACCACCUGACGAUGAAGGACGUCAUCUUCCAGCUCAUCAACACCUUCCUCCCGCAGUUCUGGGUCGCGUUCAUCGAGCCCAUGCGCUACGACGACGAUAAGAUGUGCCCACCGACCAAUAACUGCAAGGGCGAAUUGAGUUUCCAGAUCGCCAUCCUGUUCGCGGGCCAGGCGGGGUAUUCCCUGGCCAAGCAGGCCGUGCUGCCCGUCGUGCUGCGGUUCCUGUCCCAGCGGCGGAUCCAGCGGCUGGGCUGCGAGGACAAUUUAGGUGGUACUGAGGGAGAACCCGACGCCGACUGGCGCACGGAGGCGCGCAAGGAUUUUGUCGAGUUGACGGAGUACGACAACAUCGAGGGUCCCAUCGAGGACUACGUGGAGCUCACGCUGCAGUUCGGCUACGUGACCAUGUUCACGGCGGUCUACCCCUUCGCGCCGCUGAUUAGCUUCGCGUUCAACACGCUGCAGAUCUGGAUGGACGGCCACAAAUUGCUCAAGCUUCAUAGAAGGCCGCUGCCGCUGGAAGUGAGGAACAUCGGGAUCUGGGAGGACAUCUUUCAAAUAUUGUCGAAGAUCGGCUGCGUGACGAACGUGGCCCUCUGUUUCUUCGUCGUGGACAUCUCGCCCAUCUUCCUGAAUCCAAGGUACGAGGAGGACGGGAGGCGCGACUACCAGGCGGUCAAGAUGAAGCUCGGCCUCUUCAUCGCGUUCUCGGUCGGGUUCCUCUUACUAACGACGGUGAUCGAGCAGCUGUUCACGCCGGUGUCGACGGCCGUCCGCGUCGGCGUGGAAAUCAAACAGUGAGUUAGGUUACGCCAUCGAGCAGAUGCCGCUACGGGGACGACGUCGCGAAAAUCGAUUUCCACACAGGUCCGCGUGCAGCGCGCGCGGCAGACCAUCUACCAGCAGUGCGUGCUCGGGGACCGCGAGACGAGCGCGUUCGUCAACGAGGCUGAUGCCGCGCCGGACGACAACAGCGACCUGGCGAGCGGCGGCCACGACGACAGCUUCGACAUCAUGGCGGCGCUGCGAGGUGGGUAAGAGUAGACACAAAAAUUAGAU